AUAAGUGUAUAUAAACGGCGUGCGAAGGGUCGAAGCUACGAAUACAAGUACAAAUAAGCUAGGAGUAGGAACUAGAAUCAGCAUCUCAGUAUACAAAAUAAAAGAUCAUCGAAUAAUACAUCGAAUCGCUGUUAUUUUUUUAGCGUGUCUGUUUGUCAAGUACUUGUUUGUCGGAGGUCAAGACUACAAAAAUGACCCGUGGAAACCAACGUGAUUUGGCUCGUGCUAAAAACAUGAAGAAAGCUAGUAAAAAAUCGGCUGCUGAGACUGAAACUAAUAAAGGUUUAACGCUCGAGCAGCGAAAACAACGUGACGCAGAACGAAUAAGAGAAAAACAGUUACAAAAAGCUUUAGAAAAGCAAAAUAAUGUAAAGUAAGAGGUGAAAUAUUUUACAAUUUAAAAUUAAUAAUUAAUAAUAACAAUAAGUAUAAAUGGUAAUAUUACUAUCAAUAAUUAAUAACCAUAAAUCCAGAUUACCUCUUUAUGUUUUAAUUUAUAUGUAUUAUUUGGAAUCGUUAAAAGUUUUGUCAAUCAAAAUAAUUAUUUAUAUUAAAAAUUUAUUAUUUUCGAGUCAUUUUUCUUGAUAUAUUUUAAUACACAAAAAUUAGCAUCAAUUGUAUAUUCAUUUCUACAUUUCACACUUCAAGUGAUGCUCACGUCUUAAGAUAAAUAGAAAAUUUGUAUUAUAAAAGCAUUAAUAACUUUAAUGGUCGAAAAUAAUGUCGUCCUUACAGUUGUAUAUAGUUUUAAGAUAAUAAAGUUAUUGUUAUGAUAAGCAUAA